AGUUCUAUCUCUCGACGCAGCGGAGGCGGUGUCCUUAAAAGUGUUUGUAGAAUUUUUUUUCCGUUAAUUUUUCGUUUGCCUCCGCGUCACAUAGUCGACUUUUUCGUUGAACCAUGAGGACGUACUACGUGAUAGCCGCCAUACUGAUCGCCGGGACGAACGGUCAGGAGUCCUUCAAAUGUCCGGACGAUUUCGGGUUCUAUCCUCAUCACAUAUCGUGCGACAAGUACUGGAAAUGCGACAAUAACGUGGCGGAGCUGAAGACGUGCGGCAACGGUCUAGCAUUCGACUCCAGCGACAACAAGUUCCUCACCGAGAACUGCGAUUACCUGCACAACGUGGACUGCGGCGAGCGCGCGCAGCUCGAACCGCCCAUCAGCACGCCGCACUGCGCCCGCCUCUACGGCAUCUUCCCCGACGAGAAGAAGUGCGACGUCUUUUGGAACUGUUGGAACGGCGAGGCCUCCCGCUACCAGUGCAGCCCCGGACUGGCCUACGACCGUGAGGCCAGGGUGUGCAUGUGGGCCGAUCAAGUGCCCGAGUGCAGAAACGAAGAGGUCGCCGGAGGUUUCACGUGUCCGGCCGCGGGAGAAGUGAGCGGCGCAUCCGGCAGCUUCAGCAGACACGCCCAUCCGGAGGAUUGCAGAAAGUACUACAUAUGUCUUGAGGGCAUCGCCAGGGAGUACGGCUGCCCGAUCGGCACCGUCUUCAAGAUCGGCGACGCCGACGGCAGCGGCGCCUGCGAGGACCCGGAGGAUGUUCCUGGAUGCCAGGACUAUUAUGGCGACGUGGACCUGAAGGCCCUGCGCAAGCUGGGCUACAGGAAGUAGAAGCGUUUGCAUGCAAGCGUUGCACUCGCCGGCGAAGAAAAACAACGCAUUCGCCGCCAGGGAAACCGGCCUCAAAACGAUCGUCCGCGGUCGGCGAAGAAGAGGCAGACACCACGACGAAUAUCCUGCAUUUUUUCCCGUAAAGCAUUGUUUUCCGUAAAGUUAAGUUGUCGUCGCAGUGUAAAUAAGUUAAAUCGUAAGGUGGUCGUGAGAAAGAUGCAUGAGAAAUACAUGUUGAAGAAAGCUAUACAUUUUUGUCUACAAUUUUUGUCGUUACCCUUAGAAUUAGUAAAAAUGUAUUUAAGUAAUAAAGUAACGAGUCACGUGUACACUUUAUGCAAUUGUAACAAGUAAAUAAGGCGAUUUAAGAUAAUAUAAUAGUAUGUCGAGACGAAUUGUACGUAAAAAUCUGAUAUCUGAUAUAAGACAAUAAUAAUAACAAUAUAUUUUCA